UCUAGUUAUCCAGCAGGUUUAUAUUCUUGCAUCAGUAUAUAUAAACACGUAACUUUGAAUAGUUCUUCACUUCUCCCGCCGUCUCUUGCGCGCCAAACUCUAUCUCCCUCCGAUCUAUUCUCAUUUCCCUCUUCUCGAAUCCCGUCAGAGCGAUCGAAAAUGGCAGUUCACACAACUCUCCCAUAUCGUUUCUUCCUCUCAAUAGCAUUACUAUCCAUCACCGCGGUUUCGGAACCAACAGAUCUCACCACAGAGCUCGUUUCCCUCCGAUCCUCCUCCGAAUCAGGCGUGAUCCGCCUCAACGACGUAUCAAAAUUCAUAACCUCCGUAGCCACUCCCAGACCUUACUCCCUAAUCAUCUUCUUCAACUCCAUCGAUCUCAACAGCAAUCCCCUCCAGAACUUCCGCCGCGAGUUCGGAUUCGUCUCCGCCUCUUUCAUCGCCAACAACAACAACAGAUCCGACGUAACAAACAAGCUCUUCUUCUGCGAGAUCGAUUCAUCCGACUCAGAGUCCUUCCACCGCUUCGGCAUCCAAUCCCUCCCGCAGAUCUGCCUCGUCGAUCCCUCCAUGGAGAAUCUCCGACACCACGAGCGAGGCAUGAUGGAGGAAGCCGACGUCGACGGAACCGCGGAGUCCGUGGCGGAGUUCGUCGAGAGCCGAACCAAACUCACCGUCGGUCCGAUCCACCGCCCGCCUCUCCUGUCCAAGACGCAGAUCGGCGUGAUCGCAUCCCUAAUCGCGAUCUCGGCUCCUUUCCUCAUCAAGAAGUUUCUAAAAGGAGAAACGUUUCUCCACGACAGUAGGUUCUGGCAAUACGGCGCCGUUUUGGUCUACUUCUUCAGCGUCUCGGGUACCAUGCACAACAUCAUCAAUAGCAUCCCUAUGUACCUCAGAGAUCCCGAGGAUUCGAACAGGCUCGUUUUCUUCUACGAAGAACCGGAAAUCCAGCUCGGGGCGGAGGCGCUUUCGGUUGGGCUUUUGUACACUGGGGUUGGGUUGCUCUUGGCGUAUGUCACUGACGCGCUUGUGCGUGUUAGGAAUGUCAAUGAGCAGAGGGUGGCUAUGGUGUUGGUUAUGGUUGUGUCGUUCUUGGCUGUGAAGAGGGUUGUUUACUUGAAUAACUGGAAGACUGGGUAUCAGAUUCAAAUGUAUUGGCCAUCUAGUUGGCAGUGAUGAUGGAACCUUUUACCUUGAGAGACAAAUAAAGGAAGAAGUGAAGAAGAAGUUGCAAGGGCCUUUGUGAAUCACUAUUACCAUCUCUUUGACAAUGAUCGAUCUUCUCUUUCCACUCUCUACAAUCCCACCUCGUUGCUUACUUUCGAGGGCCAAAAGAUCUACGGCGUGGAAGAUAUCUCCAAUAAGCUCAAACAACUUCCGUUCGAUCAGUGUCGUCAUUUGAUUAGCACCGUUGAUUCUCAGCCGUCUUCAAUGGCCGGUGGCUGUGGCGGAAUCCUUGUUUUUGUGAGUGGUAGCAUCCAGUUACACGGCGAGGAUCGUCCUCUUAGGUUUAGCCAGGUCUAGCUCUUCUCUCUGUUCACUACAAGAAUACAGUUCAUACUCCGACGGACGUAUUAAUCGCAAGUUGGUCGGUAACAUUCGUUUCCUAUAAUUUCCCGACAAUGAAACUUUAGUCGGAGUUUGGGUCUCGGAAAUCUCGGGUUCUCGGAAGUUUAUCUGUACGUUCCGUUAACAAAUAUUCUCGGGAUUAUAUAUCGGGAAGUGAUCGGAAGAUACCGUUGAAUUUCCGAGAAAUAUUGGCGAUGAGCUUCCGAGAAAUCAAUAUUUUUUAAUAAAAAAAAACAAAUAAUGAAAUAUAAAAAACCUCACAAUAAUAUUAAAUAUCAAAUAUUUAUUACAAAUAAACAAAUUAAAUUUAAAAGUCUAAAACAAUUAAACGAAAUAAAAAAUAAACAAAUUAAAUUUAGAAGUCUACAAAAACUAAAUGAAAUAAAAAUAAACCUAUUAAUAAUUGGUGUAGAUGCGACGGUGUUGGUGUAGGAUGCGAAGGUGCCGGUAACGGUGGGGUAGCAGAAAUAGCGGUGGAGGGAGUUGGCGGUGACGAUGGCAGUGUAAGGAGUUUAGGCGGUGGUGUAAAGAGGUCUUAGGUAGAGUUUCUUCAAAGAAAAAACAAAUCUGAAAGCACUAAAAUAAACAGAGAAGGGGGAAGAAGGAAAGAGGAGAGAAGGAGAAAGGAGAAAACAAUUAUACUAGACAGAGAACACUAACCGGGGCCAAACUGGAAGAAUCAGUACAAGCAGCAUCACCAUUUCCUCCAACUCCCUGUCCAGAACGGAAACUAAACCGGCGGCAGAGAUCACUAGACAGAGCAACUGCUAGGGGGCCAGCCGAAGACACGAAACCGAAGCUCGUGAAGAGUCGCUUUACACCGUUGCGUAAGGGAAGAUCUAUUCUUUGACAGAUCUAUUCUUUUUUUUUUGUCACAGUGACAGAUCUAUUCUAAGUAAAAGAAAUAGGGAAAAAAUAGAAAAAUUAAAUACUAUAUCUUUUUCUUACUUUACGAUCUCCACAAAAGUUUCAAGCUCUGCAUCCAGACCCUUCCUUUUUUCCAACAACACAUCUGGGUAAGCCACGUGUUUUUAAUUUUAUACCGUCUUUGAAGAUAUCAAGAGAAAUCGAAUUGGGAAAAAUAGAGAUGUGGGAUCUCAACUAAAUCGAUAAAUGGUAGGAAACAGUUCAGUUGCCAAACCAAGAGAACUCCGACGAAUUUUUGUCAGUUUUUGUGACGACGUACCGAGAAGAAAAUUAAUCGUCGGGAUCUUGAAUGGCCUGAGAAGAUACCGACAACAUAUUCUAGGAACUUUCCGAGAAAACAAGCUCCUCGCUAUUUUCUUUUCUUUCCGACAACUUACCGACUUUAGUUUAUGACAAAACACCGAGAAUAUUGAUUUAUCGCAAAGUCCCGAUAAUAUUCCGAGAAUAAUCAUAUGUUCUCGGAAAUUGAUCAGAAACCCAUCAUAAAUUUACCGAGGAGAGAUGUAGUCGGUAAAUGUCGUCGGCGUUGACAUUGAUUUCUUGUAGUGGUUUAUGAUCAACGUGAGAUAUCAUUUCGUAAGAAACAUUGCAAAAUGCUAAAUUUCAAUAAUUUUUGUGUGACAUGUAUGAAAACUAUGGAAUAUAAUAUGAGCUUGAGUAGAUAUUUUUUCUGUUGGAUUUUAGCUGAUGUAAAUAAAAAUGUUAUUUUUUAUUUGCAGACGUUUCACUUGGUCCCUCUUCUGCAAGGAAGUUUCUUCGUCCAAAAUGAGAUGUUUCGGCUCAACUAUGGUUGAAGUUAUAUUAACUUUCAUGUUUGGAAAUGAAAUCCGACUAAUAAUAAUAUAGUCAAUAUUUCAAAGAAAAAUCAACCUUUCAUAUCGAGUUAUAAAAUAAAUUGAUACAUUGUUCUGUGUUAUGUUCAUAUAUGUAAGCAAAGUUUCAAAUUGAUUUAAAAGACAAAAGCUGACUAGUA